GCUGGUGCGAGAGUUUGUGGCUCAGAACAACACAUCUCAAAUCAAACAUGUCAUCCAGAUCCUGUCGCAGGAGUUUGCGCUCUCCCAGCACCCCCACAGCCGGAAAGGGGGGCUCAUUGGCCUGGCCGCUUGCUCCAUUGCCCUGGGCAAGGACUCCGGGCUCUACCUGAAGGAGCUGAUCGAGCCGGUGCUGACGUGUUUCAACGACGCCGAUAGCCGGCUGCGGUACUAUGCCUGCGAGGCCCUCUACAACAUCGUCAAGGUGGCCAGGGGCUCCGUCCUCCCCCACUUCAACGUGCUCUUCGACGGCCUCAGCAAGCUGGCUGCGGAUCCCGACCCCAACGUCAAAAGCGGCUCUGAGCUCCUUGAUCGGCUUCUCAAGGACAUCGUGACAGAAAGCAACCAGUUUGACUUGGUAGGCUUCAUCCCGCUGCUGCGCGAGAGGAUUUACUCCAACAACCAGUACGCCCGCCAGUUCAUCAUAUCCUGGAUCCUGGUCUUGGAGUCUGUGCCUGACAUCAACCUCUUGGAUUACCUGCCAGAAAUCCUGGACGGGCUCUUCCAGAUCCUGGGAGACAACAGCAAGGAGAUACGGAAAAUGUGUGAGGUGGCUCUCGGGGAGUUCCUCAAGGAGAUCAAGAAGAAUCCCUCCAGCGUCAAGUUUGCAGAAAUGGCCAAUAUCCUGGUGAUCCACUGCCAGGCGGCAGAUGACCUGAUCCAGCUGACAGCCAUGUGCUGGAUGCGAGAGUUCAUCCAGCUGGCUGGCCGGGUGAUGCUGCCCUACUCCUCAGGGAUCCUGACCGCUGUCCUGCCAUGUCUGUCCUACGACGAUCGCAAGAAGAACAUCAAGGAGGUGGCAAACGUGUGCAACCAGAGCCUGAUGAAGCUGGUCAUCCCAGAAGAUGAUGAAAUGGAUGAGGCCAAGCAGUCGAUGACCCUACUGGCAGAGCCCCCCUCGGAGGAGUCUCUCUCCAAACCAGAGGCAGCGUCCAGUGGCUCUCUGGAUGCAUCGGGCGACUCCAACUUCAGCAACAACAGUGUCUUCACAGUGACCAGCCCCCAGUAUGGGCUGUCCAGCAAAAAGAAAGGGUGA